UCGGGCGUCCAUCUGCCAUGCUAUUGUUCUUGGAGCCUUCAGGGCAGAUCUAUUCACUAGCUGAGUGACAGGGAGCUGCUCAAUUGCACGCCCAGGGACCUCCGGCAAGCUACUGGCAGCAGCUAGCGCAGCUUCACCAGCCAGGAACUACUUGCCCCGCUUACAACUUUGACGAUAUCGAGACCGCCGCCACGCCUUACCACAGCUUUGUGCACAUCGACGCAAACCUCACGAGCACGCGAGCCGACCUUGUCACCACUCCCUAGCCUGCGUCCCUCCAACUUACUCUGCCUCGCUUCGGUGAUCGAUCCUCACGCAAAAGGGAGCGCCUUCCAGCUACCUUGCGACAAUCGCUUGCGACAAGCGGCCAUGACGACAGCAAACAGCGAACCCUUCUAUCUGCGUUACUACUCCGGACACUCGGGUCGUUUCGGCCAUGAGUUCCUCGAGUUCGACUUCCGCGUGGUAGGCGACGGCCGGAGCGCAGUCGCGCGGUACGCCAACAACUCAAACUACCGCAACGACAGUCUGAUUCGGAAAGAGAUGUGUGUAAGCUCUCUCGUCAUUGACGAAAUACGGCGCAUUGUCAAGGCGAGCGAGAUCAUGAAGGAAGACGACGGCAAGUGGCCGCAGAAGAACAAGGAUGGAAGGCAAGAGCUCGAGAUCAGGCUCGGCAACGAGCACAUCUCGUUUGAGACAGCAAAGAUUGGCUCCCUCAUCGACGUCACAGAGUCCGCCGACCCUGAAGGCCUUCGCGUGUUCUACUACCUCGUCCAGGACCUCAAGGCGCUCGUCUUUAGCUUGACGUCGCUGCACUUCAAGAUCAAGCCCAUCUCGUGAUGGGUCCCCAGUAUCUGGAGCACGUCGCUUCCUCCUCAAGUGGCCAGUACCAACUUAUGGACACGCGUGCAAACCACACGCCUGACCACUUGAAGAGCCUGCGAGUAUGGACUCAGAAAUGUAUGAUACCA